AUGAAAAUUUUUAUAUUAACGCUAUUAGCGGCCCUUAAUGGAUUAACACUAGCCACACUGGAUUUAGCACAGCAUUGUUUGGACAAAAAUGUGGGAGAGGUAGUGUCUCAUCCAAACGAUUGUCGCGGUUAUAUUGUGUGCGACGUAGAGCCCACUGUAUAUUAUUGUGAGGCAAGCUUUCAUUUUGAUGCCGAACGUAGGGUUUGCAAUUGGCCAGAAAAUGCCAAUUGCCAAUUGGCUACGCAGCCUAUAGAUGAUGUGCCAGCCACUGUAGAACGCCAGCAUUCAUCUCUAAUGGCCAUGGAUGUUGCCACAGGUGAAAUUGUAGACCCUUUAACGGGCUACCAACCGGAAAAUGUGAUAUGCCGUCAUUUUGGCGCCUAUUUUCUGCCUAAUCCUAAGCAAUGUCGUACCUACUAUCUGUGUGCUUAUGGCCAUAUGCAUGAACAUAGCUGUGGCGCAGGUACCCUUUGGAACUAUAGAUCCCAGCAAUGUGUUCUAAACUAUAAGGCCGAUUGCUAUCAGCAGACUGCGGAGGAAACAAAGGAAAUAAGUGAUUCUUUAGCUAAUUCUAUGGACAAUCCUUUAUUGGUUUGUUAUCCAGUUGGCAGCACCUUAGGAGCCCAAACAAAUGUUUCAACGACACCGACACCGCCUUAUACAACUAGACCACAGCCAGCCGUUACCCCUACACACUCCUCUAAGACACCUUCUCUGCCUUAUCCAACUAGACCACAGCCAAUCGUUACACCUACACACUCCUCAAUAAGACCCAGCAGCACAUCCCUUCCAUAUCCAACUACUACUACUCAAUCACCAAAGCGUCCUAACCCUUCAAAUCCUUAUGGUAUUGAAUGUCCCCCUAAACGUCAAAGUUAUGUGGCUCAUCCAAAGGAUUGUGGCAAAUAUUUCAUGUGCAUAGUGGGCACACCAGUCUUAACCUCCUGUCCAUUUGGUCUUUAUUGGGAUUCGAAGAAGGAGUAUUGCGAUUUAGCCCAAAAUGUCAAGUGUUUCGAAUAA